UAUUGAAUUAACUCAUCUCUAUGCUACUUAUUACAAUGCGAUAUUUUCCUCUUCAACGUCAGUGCAAAAUUCUUGUCCGUGCAUUAUAUUUUGGAACAGCACAGAUACAUUCUCAAGGAAUUUCAAAAAUCGGCAUGGCGACUAACAUUCAAAAGACUUCAAAGUCAUUGGAAGAAAAAUUUGUAUAUCCUAUUGUUCGGAAAGACUUAACAAUUGUAGAUGACUUUCAUGGUACAAAAAUAAUUGAUGCUUAUCGCUGGCUUGAGGAUCCCGAUGCCGCUGAAACACAGGAAUAUGUUAAUAGUCAAAAUAAUAUAAGCCAGCCGUUCCUUGAAAAUUGUGGAGAGUGGAAAAAAAUAAAUAAUAAACUAACGAAGUUAUGGAACUAUCCAAAAUAUGGAUGCCCAAUGAAGUAUGGCGAAUAUUAUUAUUAUUUUAUGAACACCGGUCUACAAAAUCAAAGUGUUAUGUAUCAGCAAAGUUCUUUGAAUGGCGAAAGUAAAGUAUUUCUAGACCCCAAUACCUUAUCGGAAGAUGGUACAAUUGCACUAUCACAGAAGUCAUUUUCCGAAGACGGUAAAUUUAUGGCGUACGGGCUUAGUGAAAGUGGAUCAGAUUGGAUUAAGAUUCGCAUUCGUGAUGCUGAGACCGGUAAAGACUUUGAUGAAGUGCUUGAAAAGGUGAAAUUUUCGGAGAUUUCGUGGACAAAGGACAAUAAGGGAUUCUUUUAUGGAAGAUAUCCUGAUCAAGAUGGUAAAACUGACGGUUCAGAGACCCAACAGAACCAAAACCAAAAACUUUAUUAUCAUCGCAUUGGAGAAAGUCAGUCAAAAGAUGUGCUAGUUGUUCAGUUCAAUAAUGAACCAUCAUGGCGCUUUCAUUCUGUUGUCUCCGAUUGUGGAAAAUAUUUGGUACUGGCCAUUGAUAAAGACUGCCGUGAUAAUAUUAUAUACUAUGCCGAUCUUAAGCCCGAAGAAGAUAUUAAAUCAGAGCUGGAUGUGAAAAUCAUUAUCGACAAGUUUGAGUCCGACUACGAUUACGUCACUAAUGUUGGCUCAAAGGUGUAUUUCCGUACAAAUAAAAAUGCUCCGAAUUAUCGAGUCAUAAUUAUUGAUUUCGAAAAUCCGGCCGAGGAGAAUUGGGAAACCCUUAUACCGGAACAUGAAAAAGAUGUUUUGGACUGGGCUAAAUGUGUCAAUGAAGAUAAGGUUCUUCUUUGUUAUAUUAGGGACGUGAAAACAAUUUUGCAAGCGAAUUCACUUCACACUGGUAAAUUGAUACGAGAAUUUGAUUUGGAUAUUGGUACCAUAGUUGGAACAUCUGGAAAAACAAAAUAUUCGGAAAUUUUUUAUAAUUUUUCAUCGUUCUUAAAUCCCGGAACAAUUUAUCAUUACGAUUUCAAAUAUCCGGAUCAACCACCAAAAGUUUUUCGAGAGAUCAAUUUGAACUUAGAUGGUUUCGAUCGGGCUAAUUACACCGUUGAACAAAUAUUUUAUUCAAGUAAAGAUGGCACUAAGGUUCCUAUGUUUAUUAUACGAAAGCAGGCGGAUGCCGUGAAGCCACGACCAUGUCUACUUUACGGCUAUGGCGGCUUUAAUAUUAGCAUGCUUCCAACAUUUGGACUGACGGGUCUUAUGUUUGUAGAUACAUUUGAUGGUGUUUUGGCCUAUCCUAACAUCCGUGGCGGUGGAGAAUAUGGAGAAAAAUGGCAUAAUGGUGGCCGCUUGCUCAACAAACAAAACGUAUUCGACGACUUUCAGUGCGCUGCCGAAUAUUUAAUUAAGAACAACUAUACCACUAAAGAUCGUUUGGCAAUUCAGGGUGGAUCCAAUGGCGGUCUCCUUGUAGGUGCUUGUAUUAAUCAGCGUCCUGAUUUGUUUGGAGCAGCAAUUGCUCAAGUUGGCGUCAUGGAUAUGCUGCGAUUUCAUAAAUUCACUAUUGGCCACGCCUGGUGCUCGGACUAUGGAAAUCCCUCUAAGCAGGAACACUUUGACAAUCUUUUAAAGUGGUCGCCAUUGCACAAUGUCCAUACGCCAAAUAAUGCGUCUACUGAGUACCCGUCCACAUUGAUUUUGACGGCUGAUCAUGACGAUCGUGUCAGUCCAUUGCACUCUUUAAAGUUUGCUGCUGCAUUGCAAGAAGCUGUACGCGAUUCUCCAUUCCAGAAAAACCCAUUGCUACUGCGUGUAUACAAAAAAGCUGGACACGGUGCCGGAAAACCGACAUCUAAACGAAUUGAGGAAGCUACAGAUAUUCUUACGUUUAUGUACAGAAGCCUAAACAUCGAUGUCGUCAAUUUAUAAUUCAUUCAUCAGUAUAUACGUUAUGAUUUUCUUAUUUAGGAAAAAUCCUGUCUAUUACACUUUUAAUGUUCAAAUCGUUUGUCACUUUUAUAAGCUUUUGCAUUUAUCAUGUAAAAUACAGAAAAUAUAUAAAUAAACAUUGUUUGAUAUUAUAUACCCAAAA